AUGAGUUUAUUAAUGGUUGGUGGGCGAUCAGCAUCAGCUCGACGAUUUUCGCAAGUUGCUAUGCAUGGACGAAACUAUCAAAUGAUAUGGUCAUCGAUAAACUUGCAACGUUGUGAUAGUGUGUCUUCAAUGGAUCUGCGCCGUGAGAGCGGAUCUAUUAUGCAUCGACGUCGAGCAUUGGAUUUAUAUGGUACAAAAGAUGUACUUUUUACACAUGAACAAAUGAAAAGAGCAGCAAGUCGAUGCGGCGGUGGUGAUAGUAGUGCAAAUUUUCAUGGAUAUAGGUGGGUAAGCCAUGUCAAUAGACAUAAUUUACGUUUAUUUUUAACGAGACAGAUUAUGCCAUGA